AUGUCUUCAGCUCAAGAUCCCUUUUAUAUUGUCAAGGAGCAAAUUCAAGAAUCUCUAACUCUUGUCUUGUUUCAUCAAUGGGAGCAAACUCCUGCAGAUAGUGGUGAGAAAGUACAUCUUACAAAGGAACUUCUUGCUGCAUGUGAGAGCAUUGAGUGGCAGGUAUUUCCUGUUUUCUUGAUGAGAAGGUGGAUCAAAACAAUUGUUGUUGCAGCGAGAUCUCCUUCUUGGUAUGGUAAUGAUCAUAUCGAGCUUGAUAAAAGAAGAAGAUGGACCAGCAAUGCCCAUGCUCAAGUAGGAAGCAUGAAGAAAGCAGUAGUAGCUGGAAAGGAGUCAAAUGGGACAAGUACAUCUAAUCUUAAUGGGAUGCGGCGAGAACUGUUGAGACUGCCAGAUUCUGAUCAGAAUGAGCGAUCUGAUGCAUACUCUGCCCGAGAUAAUGAUGACUUCAUGUCAUCAGAAUUAGAUAGACAAUUGCUUCUUAUGAGGCAACAGGAUGAUGAGCUAGACGAGCUUAGUGCUAGUGUAGUUAGAAUUGGAGAUGUCGGGCUCACCAUACACGAUGAGCUUCUUGCACAGGACAAGAGCGUAAAUGAAUUGGGCAUGGAGAUGGACAGUACAUCUAAUCGUCUUGAUUUUGUUCAGAAAAAGGUCGCCAUGGUAAUGAAGAAGGCCAACGUCAAGGGACAGAUGAUGAUGAUCUGUUUUCUGAUAGUUUUGUUCAUUGUCCUUUUCGUUCUAGUUUUCUUGACCUAGUUUCAUUUGUUUUCUGAUAGUUUUGUUUUAUUCCAUUCAUUCUGAUUUUCUCGACCUAGUUUCAUUUGUUUUCUGAUAGUUUUGUUUUAUUCCAUUCAUUUUCAUUUUCUCGACCUAUUUUAUGUAUGUAUUGUUAGGGAAUAAUAACUGGCUUCCAUACAUCAUAUAUAAAUUGAAAAUCCUGGCAUCGAAACUAAGUACAGGUUUUGUCAUAUUCUAACAAAAAGCGAAAUAAUAGUAGAGUAUGUUACUUUGGACUUGCUUACAAUUUGUGUUGGAUUGAGAGGCCAUUACGAGAUAUAUUUUUAUA